GAACUUUCUCCUGGAUCCGAAGGACACCAUGAAGCUGGUCACCCAGACACUGUGCCUGUCCCUGGCUCUGGCUCUCAGCUAUACCCACCACCAAGCUGGACAUCAAGAGGGAGGACACGAGGGACACGGCCAUACCGUUGGUGUUAUGCUCGACCGCUGCGAUGGGCUCGAGAUGGACGCUGUUGCUGUGAAUGAGGAAGGAAUCCCUUACUUCUUCAAGGGUGACCAUGUGUUCAAGGGUUUCCACGGUAAAGCCGAGCUCUCCAACCAAUCAUUCGCUGAGCUGGAGGACCAUCAACACCUGGGGCACGUGGACGCUGCAUUCCGUAUGCACUUUGAAGACAGACCCACUGAGCACGACCACAUCUUCCUUUUCCUGGACACCAAGGUAUUCAGCUACUACAAACACAUGCUGGAGAAGGGCUUCCCCAAAGACAUCUCUGAGGUGUUCCCUGGUAUCCCUGACCACCUGGAUGCUGCUGUGGUGUGUCCUGCGCCCGAAUGUGAGGAAGACACCGUCAUCUUUUUCAAGGGUGAUGAAAUCUACCACUACAAUGUGAAGACGAAGAAGGUUGAGGAGAAGAAGUUUGAGGGCAUGCCCAACUGCACCAGCGCAUUCCGCUUCAUGGAGCAUUACUACUGUUUCCAUGGACACCAGUUCUCCAAGUUCGACCCUAAGACAGGGGAGGUGCACGGGAGGUACCCCAAGGAGGCCCGCGACUACUUCAUGAAGUGCUCCAAGUUCGGAGACACCACAGACCACACCGAGAGAGAGCGCUGCAGCCGUGUGCACCUGGACGCCAUCACCUCUGACGAUGCCGGAAACAUCUACGCCUUCAGAGGCCACCACUUCCUGGAGCAAGAUGCUGGCAAUGACACGUGGUCAGCCGACACCAUCGAGAGCGAAUUCAAGGAGCUGCACAGCGAGGUGGAUGCCGUCUUCUCUUAUGAAAACCACCUCUACAUGAUCAAGGAUGAUGAGGUGUAUGUUUACAAAGUUGGGGAGCCCCACACCCACCUAGAGGGGUACCCCAAACCCCUGAAGAAGGAGCUGGGAGUGGAGGGCCCUAUCGACGCUGCCUUUGUGUGUCAGGACCAUCACAUCGCUCACAUCAUUAAAGGUAAAACAGUCUAUGCUGUUGACCUGAAGGCCUCCCCACGUGUUCCAGUUAAAGAACGCUCCUUCACCCUCUUCGACAAGGUGGACACUGGCAUGUGUGGCCCAGAUGGCGUGAAGUUGUUCAAGGGGAACCACUACUACCACUUUCCGAGCGUUAAGGUCAUGCUGAUGGCCAGAGCUAUUCCCGAGGAGCACAAGACAGCCCUGGAGCUGUUUGGCUGUGACCACUAGAGGCUGGGAAAGCAGAGAGAAUCAAGUUAUGUACAACAACAACAACAACAACAACAACAACAACAACAACAACCAAGUGGCCCAUCCACCAAGUCACUAUAGUCAUUAUGAUGUUAUUCUCUCCCUUCUCAUAAAAACGGAUAUAUCAACUGUCUCCUACCUCCAACACACAUUCCGUUACCUAUUGUCCCUCUCAAUGGGCCGCAGUUUUCCCUGUUCUUGAGCAGUUUUCGUUUGGUGGUGCCGUCCCAAAAGGGUGAUAUGGAAAGUUAUAGAGGGCAUAUAUCUUUCUGAUUUAAUGUUCUAUAGUGUUGUUCUAUCCCUCUGAUUAAUGUUCUAUAGUGUCGUUCUAUCCUUCUGAUUAAUGUUCUAUAGUGUCGUUCUAUCCUUCUGAUUAAUGUUCUAUAGUGUUGUUCUAUCCUUCUGAUUAAUGUUCUAUAGUGUCGUUCUAUAAUAAAGAUAAUGACAACACCCAA